AAAAAAUAAUAUUAAUAAAAAAAAAAAUGAAUUAAAAUCCAAAAUUUGUCGACCCAAAAUUAUGGCCUAAUCCUGAUAAAUUAAAAUUCGCUGAAUUUUAUAAAUAUGAAGGUUUAGAUAUGGCAAGAAUUAGAGAUUCAUUCAAAAAUUAUAAGGCAUCGAAAUUUUAUCUUCUCGGAAUUUUUGGUGGAUGUUAUAUGUUAUCUAUGUUUAUUGAUAAAGCAGUAAAUAAAUAUACUUUUGGAGAAAAUGGUAAUGGAGGUGAUAUUUUAAAAAUGUACAGUUUAAAUUCAAAUUAUGAUUUCUAUUACAACAGAUAAUUCUAAUAAAUGAGAUAUUUAACUGAAGAUCUCCAUGGGGAUGAUUCUUUGGAAAAAGCCAGACCUGAACAUUUGAUUUCCCUUGGUAUUGCUGAAUUACCUGUUCCUCCUAAUAAUAUUGUUAGAAAGAAAGCUCCUCAUGAGAAAUAUUUAUGAUUUUUAUAUUUUUUUUUUUUUUAUUAAUGAACAUUUUUUAUAUGUUUAUUUUUUUAUUUUAUAGAAAAUUAAAAUAAAUAAAAUUAUUAAAAAAUAAAACUUUG